AUGUGUCAAAUGGUCGUGUUCUGGCACGCCUGUACCCACCUCAUAGUCUCCUACAUGACCUGCGCAUUCGAAGAGGCCAGGAACCACAAAGAACAGACCGCAACCACGGCGCUCAUAGACGCCGACUGCUGGAUAUGCCAACAGCACCAGAAACACCCAGCCUGGGGCGCAUCCGGGACAAUGCAGCGUCUGCUCAUGACCGUCCAGAACAUGGAAUACAUUCUCGGGGUCUCGGCAGAUGAAGACGGCUUCUUGGAUAUGGUGGCCCGGUUUUACGCGCGAGGCGACCACAAGCGCUGGAUGCAGCCCGGCGUCGCGAAGGCAAAGUACACCAAGGACGACCCGUAUAUCCGGGGCUUGGAGGUCCAGUCGUACCUUUGUACCCGGGGGCAACGGGAUUUUCACAUGAACCCGGGCUAUGCGUUUGACAUUCUAUUUGCGCUGAUGAAGCAUUGGGAUCGCGCGGACUACUCGGAUCUCAAUUGGUCCAUGACGGGUUAUCGGCCGCCUAGUGAUUUCUUCUAUGUGUCGUCUAGUAUGAUUGGCAUGUUGUCUGAUGGCUGUGGGGUGGAGCACCGACAGAGGACGGGGGUUGCACAUGUGGCUCGGCGAUCUCGCUGCUUGUCGAAUGGUAGUAGUGUAGUAAUGCCGACACAGUCUACGAUGGCAUCGUUUGGGGUUGGAGAUUCGGCAGGCCAUCUGAGGACCGGGUCGUACUCGCAGGGCCUCCCAACUCCGUCGUCGCUGGACGCUCAGACUAACUCGCUUCAUAAUGAUAAUGGUAAUCCUGGUUCAAUACUUCCACAGCGUCCGUACGAGACGCUCACUGGGCCACCCGUCGCAAUGAAUCAUUACGCUCAGCAUAUCCUCCGUCCCUUGUCCCCACUCGGAGAGCCUGGACCUUCAAUGGAGAAUCGCCCCCAGGCACUGGACGAGAGAGCAGGUCAUCAUGCACGCACAACCGGUCUCUUCCAUCCAAUCUUCUCAGCCGAAUAUGACGGGGACAUCUGCACAGAUGCGGCCUCGCAAGAGCUAGACCUCCAUCACCUCACCACCUACAAUAACACCCUGCUGACGGAGAAUACGCCAUACCUGCACACCACACCCCCUACCCAGAUCUACACCGACCCUUCGUCCUUCUCCCUGUCAAACGAACCCACCAGGCACUCAUUCAACAAGCCUCACAAUCCACCAGAAGACAACCCACACCUCGACAUCCUCCUCUUCCCCUCCCCAACGCUGGAAACCGCCAUCCCAUUCCCCCAAAGCCAAGUCGCCACCAUCGACCCCAGCAUGCUGGACCUGGACGACCCCGAGCAAUUACAUCUCCCCAGCGACGUAGCCUACAGCCUCGACAAAGGCAAACAACCUAUCAGAGAUAUCUCGCAACUGGGUCCCCGUGUUCCUGGUGGCGGCGGCUUUAUCUUCCCGGACAAUAUGGAUAUGAGCCAGAACUAA